AUGGCCGCAGCUGGGAGUGACAGCUAUGCCCAUUUCUAUUCCCACUAUGCACAGCAGAAGUACAGCAACAUCCGCUGUUACUGGGAAACACAACCCAUAGGCUGCAUGAGGAUCAGCUGCGCAUUCCAUCAUAGCAAACCUCGUCAUAUAAAUGGACUUUUUUUGCCACCUAGCAACAAUGCCCCAUUACAACAGGGUGUCCAAGAAGGGAUUCUGCAUCCAGCCCAUCGUCAAGAACCACUCAGAACUCAAGAGACUGUUUUAAGACCAAUUCACCCUCCACUGAUCAUAAACCUCAACGACGAAGAGGAUGAAGAGGACGAUACGGAGCAGGAUGAAGAGACUCGUAAAGAUAAUCCUCUAAAAAUACUUCCUACAGAUGUUUCCAAUUGGGUGCCUAAGACUGCUGCAGAUGUUGAAGAGGAAAGAGCAAUAAAGGACAUAUGCUACAAAUCUGGAGAGUAUUACAGGAUUCAGUACCCUCACGAACACCAAUCAACCACAACUGUGUCUUCACCUCGGGAAAAUGAGCCAUUACCCUUGGAAGCUACCGAGCGAGACGUGCAGAAAGAAACAAACCAGACUGAGCUGGUAAAGAACCAUCACGGUAAAGAAGCAAAGGAAGAGAAAUGGAUUUCUGAGAAGCCAAGAAAUUCACCUACUACAGGAACAGGCAAAGGAAUUCACACUUCAGAGCCCAAAGUAAAACCAAGUUACCAACACAGGGGUCAAAGUAAGGAUGAUGAAACUGCUCCUUCCAUGCCUUACGUGAGAGACACUGGAAGAAAGACUUAUUUCAAUUCUUCAGAACCUCAAAGAUCAGCAUAUGUAGUCUACCGAACCGUCACCCAGGAACCAAAGUUCAAUGGAUCGACAGACAAACAUACUUCAGGAUCUUACAGUGCACCAACUUGGAGGAAAAGAAAUCCACGUGCAAAAACGUUCUCCAGGUUUAAAACAACCAUUCAGAGCCAGGAAGGCACGGAAGUGAACAGAAAAGGAGAACGAUAUGUAGACAGGAGAUGA